CGAAUGAAUUCUGGUUGAAGUUUUACAACAAUCACAGUUCAAAAUACCAAGUUGGAUUUUGAUUUCGGUUGAACAACCGCGUGGAAAACAAAAUUAAAAUGAUCGAUCUUAAAUCCCAAGACCCAAGUCCCUAGUCCUAUACCGCAGAGCAGGACUGGAUUCUGGAGAGCAACAGCUGACAGCAGAAAGAGAGCGCGCGCUGGUUGCGUCAAUAGUAAAUUAGCAGUGUUUCUUUCUUUCGUCGGAGAGUCGGAAGCGAACGGCGGAUUAUAGCAGCAGUGGUGAAGAAGCGUGGAGGAAGACAAGAACCCAAUCCGAACAUCAGGCUGCUCACUUCAAUCUCAAUGUCAAGGGAGCAAGGUUCGAUUCCCUCAACUCUUUCCUUUUGCUCUCAAUGGGCUUCUGCUCUUAAAGAAAGGGCAGUCGGUGUAUGUGAGAUUGCGCUCUUGGUGUCUUUUGAUGUUAAUUUUCCGAUUUGGGUAAAAAUGGUUUGUUUGAUUGUUAGAAUUAGGGUUUCUCUUCGUUGAUUGAAUAUGUUAUGCGCCUGUGCAAGUAGCCUAUCGUGUGGAACUUCCGUCGUCCUAUGCUAUUCUUUGCUUAUUGACUUGGUUGUUCCUUCUUCAAGAACUUCCUCGUCCGGUUUUAUUUGCCCAUGGAAAUCAGUAGUGACGGAUUCUUGUUGGCUCUGUGGUUCAGUGAGGCUCCUGCAUUGUCUCUCAGGGUCUUGAAACUUCAUCAUUGUUUGUAUACAAAAUGACGAUCAGAAGGAGCCUUCUUAUGGUUGUGUUAUUGGUGCAAGCAGGUUUUGACUGUAGGUGCAAGUAACAUGUGUAAAGAUGUGAAACAAAGUUUGUAUUGUGUUUGUCCCGAUUUCGACUUCUCUCAAUACAUCUAAGAAUCGCCUGAUUUGAUUUGUUUGUUGGUUGCUCUUGUCUUUGAUAUCGAUUUGCUGAAUUUGGUUUGAUUAACUGACUUGCAUACAAAGUUUUAUAGAUAUACUGGGGACGAAGCAAACCUAUUUUUAUCUCCUUUCCUUUCUUCGUGCAACUGAAAAACAGGAUUAUAGAGGAAUUACUACAGCCAGUCGAGUCUUCGGGGUAACCAUGAAGGUUAUAGAAGUGGAUCGAUGCCAGAUCCAGGAGUGGUACCGAAAGUUCAAGUCAGUCUCCAUCCCAACCAUCAUUCACCAACUUCCUCAAUCGUUCAUCGACUACCUACUCGACUCAGGAACCCUACAACUUCCUCUAUCCAUAUCAAAUGAAGACGCUCUCCCAAACAGAGUUCACAACCCCAUCGACGAACUGGAUUACCAACUAACAGAAAAAUCUGACGACGAAGAUGAAGAAUCAGAGCAAUCCACCUCAUCACCCCCACCUUCUUUCCCUGACCUUGAACUCCAGAUCAAGAAAUCGAUCGAAACACUUGGAGGUGCAGUUUUUCCCAAGCUGAACUGGAGUUCCCCCAAAGAUGCAGCUUGGAUCAGCUCAUCGAGAAACCUCCGAUGUACUUCAUUCAGUGAGAUAGCACUCUUACUCAAGUCGUCCGAUUCCUUGGUCCAUGAUCUGGGCCAUGCCUAUGAUUCAUGCUGUGAUAAAAAAGAAUCAUCCAGACCCUCAAGUUUCUACAUCGCACUCCGGAAGUGGUACUCUUCGAUUUUGCCAGAGAGAGAGUUCCGGUGCUUCGUACGUGGUCAGCAGCUGGUGGGAAUCUCGCAACGUGAGGUCACCACGUGCUAUCCUUUGAUUCUAGCGGAGAGAGGAGGGAUUCAGGAUCUGAUUGUGGGGUUCUUCAAGGACCAGGUGCGGAUGAAGUUUGAGUCGGAUGAUUACACGUUCGAUGUGUACGUGACAAACGAUGGUCGGGUUAAGGUUUUGGAUUUUAACCCAUGGGCGGAGUUUACGCUGCCACUGCUGUUUACGUGGGACGAACUGGAAGGAUUCAACGGGGAAGAAAAGCAGGAGGAUGUGGAGUUGAGGGUUGUGGAGAGUCGGUCUGGGAUACGGCCUGGUCUGAAAACUGCUGUUCCACGAGAGUUCUUGGAGGUAGGGCCGGGUAGUGGAUGGGAGCAGGUGUUGACGAAAGCAUUUGAGGAGUUGCAGCAGCAGCAACAGGAGACAUCAGAUGAUGAUCAUUGAGACUUUUACUGUCAACCAGCUCGUCAGGAUUUGGGAAUCUCAUCUUUUCUAGUGACAAUGUGGUUGAAUUUGCUGCGUAAGUGAAUAUGGUAACAAAGAAUCCAGUAGGAGGGAUUGUGUGUGAAAUGAAAACCUUGGCGUAAACAUGAGGGCUGAGAAUUUGAGUGAUAUAGACAAGUUUUGUCAUUUGUUGCCAUUAUAUGUCUGAGCCGGAGCAGGAUUUCCUUCUCUUAUAACUGCUGAUUCUGAAUGACUCCAAAAGCUGUUAGAGCUGAUCGGUUUGCUGAUCAGGUGUCUUAUUCCUCUUACAUUUUAACGGGAACUCGUUUCUCGGUGGCUUCAACCAAUGAGUACUGUUAUCAGUUAACUGAUAGUUAUUUCUCUACGCACAGACACCCAUCAACAGCAAACGCUCAUGUUGCUUACAAGAAAACUGUUAUCCACUUGAAAAUAUACAUAUAUAGGCAGGGUUGACUCCCAAGCAUUCAUCAAUUAAUGUAGCAAUUGGAACACUCACAAAUAAGCGCAUUUUGCAAAU